GUCCCUCCCACUCGCCAUUGAAAAGGGCUGGCUCGGCACUGGCUCCUUGCAGUCGGCGAACUGUCAGGGCGGGAGGAGCCGUGAGCUCGAGCUGCACGCAGCGGCCCGCGCGGCAAAGCAAAAAGGCAGUUGAACAGAGUGCGCAGAGUGGCACUGGCAGCGGCGACACAGGCAGCCCAGGCAACCCGGGCGGCCCAAACAGCCUCAAAGGAAGCCUUCGCGACUCCAACUGCUCCGCGGACUGCGAGCUGUGGCGGCAGAGCCCCGCUACAGCAGUCGCAGUCUCCGUGGGGCUAACGGAAGCCUUUUCUCUUUUUUACUUACCACCUCAUUUCUACUCUAGUGGCUUGGACAAUAAGUUCUCUGUGGACUGAUAUAAAAAAACUAGUGCAAUCCUGCCUGGUAUGGACUUGUUGUCCGGGACGUAUAUAUUUGCGGUCCUGUUAGCAUGCGUCGUGUUUCAGUCUGGCGCCCAGGAGAAGAACUACACCAUCUGGGAAGAAAUGCCAGAAAACGUCCUGAUAGGCGACUUGCUGAAAGACCUCAACUUGUCGCUAAUUCCAGACAAGUCCUUAACAACUCCUAUGCAGUUCAAGUUAGUGUACAAGACCGGAGAUGUGCCACUGAUUCGAAUUGAAGAGGGUACUGGUGAGAUCUUCACUACUGGAGCUCGCAUUGAUCGUGAGAAAUUGUGUGCUGGUGUCUUAGUGGACACCCGUUGCUUUUAUGAGGUGGAGGUUGCCGUUCUGCCAGAUGAAAUAUUUAGACUGGUUAAAAUACGUUUUCUGAUAGAAGACAUAAAUGAUAAUGCACCAUUAUUCCCUGCAACGGUUAUCAACAUAUCAAUUCCAGAGAACUCAGCUAUAAACUCUCGAUAUGCUCUCCCAGCAGCCAUUGAUCCUGACAUAGGAAUAAACGGAGUUCAAAACUACCAACUAAUUAAGGGUCAAAGUAUUUUUGGGCUUGAUGUUAUUGAAACACCAGAAGGAGAGAAGAUGCCACAAUUGAUAGUUCAAAAGGAGCUAGAUAGGGAAGAGAAAGAUACAUAUGUAAUGAAAUUAAAGGUUGAAGAUGGUGGCUUUCCUCAAAGAUCCAGUACUGCCAUUUUGCAAGUCAGUGUUGCUGAUACAAACGAUAACCGCCCAGUCUUCAAGGAGAAUGAGAUUGAAGUCAGUAUACCAGAAAAUGCUCCUGUAGGUACUUCAGUGACACAACUUCAUGCCACAGAUGCUGACAUAGGUGAAAAUGCCAGGAUUCACUUCUAUUUCAGCAAUCUAGUCUCCAACAUGGCCAAGAGGCUAUUUCACCUCAACUCCACCAGUGGACUUAUCACAAUCAAAGAACCACUGGAUAGGGAGGAAUCACCAAACCACAGGUUACUGGUUUUAGCAAGUGAUGGUGGAUUGAUACCAGCAAGAUCAAUGGUGCUAGUAAAUGUUACAGAUGUCAAUGAUAAUGUCCCAUCAAUUGACAUAAGGUAUAUCAUCAAUCCAAUCAAUGGUACUGUGGUUCUUUCAGAAAAUGCUCCACUCAACACAAAAAUUGCACUCAUAACUGUGACAGAUAAGGAUGCUGACCUUAAUGGUAGGGUGACAUGCUUUACAGAUCAUGAAGUCCCUUUCAGGUUGAGGCCAGUAUUCAGUAAUCAGUUCCUCCUAGAGACUGCUGCAUAUCUUGACUAUGAGUCCACAAGAGAAUAUGCUAUUAAAUUACUGGCUGCAGAUGCUGGCAAACCUCCUUUGAAUCAAUCAUCCAUGCUCCUCAUCAAAGUAAAAGAUGAAAAUGACAAUGCUCCAGUUUUCACUCAGCCUUUCAUAAGUCUUUCUGUUCCUGAGAAUAACUCUCCUGGCACCCAGUUGACAAAAAUAAGUGCAACGGAUGCAGACACAGGGCAUAAUGCUGAGAUAAACUACCUGCUUGGCAUUGAUGCUCCAUCUGAAUUCAACCUGGAUCGUCGUACAGGCAUUCUGACCGCAGCAAAGAAACUGGAUAGAGAAAAACUGGAAAAAUAUUCAUUCACAGUUCUGGCAAAAGAUAACGGGAUGCCACCUUUAAUAACCAAUGCCACAGUCUUAGUGACUGUUCUUGAUCAGAAUGACAACAGUCCAAUUUUCACUCACAAUGAGUACAACUUCUAUGUCCCAGAAAACCUUCCAAGACAUGGCACAGUAGGACUAAUCACUGUAACUGAUCCUGAUUAUGGAGAAAACUCUGCAGUCACUCUCUCCAUUUUAGACUCAAGUGAUGACUUCACCAUUGAUCCACAGACUGGUGUCAUCCGACCGAAUAUUUCCUUUGAUAGAGAAAAACAAGAAUCUUAUACUUUCUAUGUAAAGGCUGAGGAUGGUGGUAGGGUAUCACGUUCUUCAACUGCCAAAGUCACCAUAAAUGUGGUUGAUGUCAACGACAACAAACCAGUUUUUGUUGUCCCUUCUUCGAACUACUCCUUUGAAUUGGUUCUGCCAUCCACUAAUCCAGGCACAGUGGUAUUCACGGUAGUUGCUGUUGACAAUGACACUGGCAUGAAUGCAGAGCUUCAUUACAGCAUUGUAGGAGGAAACACAAAAGGUCUGUUUAUGAUUGACCAAGCAACAGGCAACAUUACACUGAAGGAUAAAUGUGUCCUUGCAGACCUUGGUUUACACAAACUGGUAGUCAAAGCCAAGGACUUAGGGCAACCUGAUUCUCUCUUCAAUGUUGUAAAUGUUCAUCUAUUUGUGAAUGAGUCAGUGACCAAUGCUACACUGAUUUAUGAAUUGGUGCGCAAAAACAUUGAAACACCAGUGACCCAAAAUAUUGAGACAGCUGAUACAUCCUCACCAUCCAGUGACUAUGUCAAGAUCGUGGUUGCCAUUGUUGCAGGCACCAUAACUGUCAUCCUUGUUAUUUUCAUCACUGCUGUAGUAAGAUGCUGCCAAUCACCACACCUUAAGGCUGCUCAGAAAAACAAGCAGAAUUCCGAAUGGGUUACUCCAAACCCAGAAAACAGGCAGAUGAUAGUGAUGAAGAAAAAGAAGAAGAAGAAGAAGAAGCAUACCCCUAAGAACUUGCUGCUUAACUUUGUUACUAUUGAAGAAACUAAGGCAGAUGAUGCUGACAAUGAUGGAAACAGCAUCACACUAGACCUUCCCAUUGAACUGGAAGAGCAAACCAUGGGCAAGUACAACUGGGGCACUACACCUACUACUUUCAAGCCUGACAGCCCUGAUUUGGCCCGGCACUACAAAUCUGCCUCUCCACAGCCUGCCUUCCAGAUCCAGCCAGAGACUCCCCUGAAUUCAAAGCACCACAUCAUCCAGGAACUGCCUCUUGAUAACACCUUCGUGGGCUGUGACUCCAUCUCCAAGUGUUCCUCCAGCAGUUCUGAUCCCUACAGCGUUUCUGAGUGCAGCUAUCCAGUGACAACUUUCAAGACCCCUGUGUCUGUACACACCAGACCGCCAAUGAAGGAGGUUAUACGAUCUCGCACACCCAUGAAAGAGACAACUACUGUGGAGAUCUGGACUCAACCCCAACCACAGCGGAAAUCCGAGGGAAAAAAGGCAGGAAAGUCCCAGCGGCGUGUCACAUUUCACCUACCAGAAAGCUCUCAGGAAAGCAGCAGUGAUGGUGGACUAGGAGACCAUGAUACAGGCAGCCUUCCCAGCACAUCCCAUGCCCUGCCCCUUGGCUAUCCUCAGGAGGAGUACUUUGAUCAUACUGCACCCAACAACCGCACUGAAGGGGAUGGCAACUCUGAUCCUGAAUCCAGUAAGUGAUACCUCUCUAGUCCUGCAGUAUAAAUGGGCUUACUGUGUUUGAAAAUCAAACAACUGUAGCCAUAAUAACAUUGGCCAUUUAAUUAUGCUAGUAGCACAUUUUCAAAAAGUAAAAACACAGAAUUAGGUGGAAGGCAUAUAUGCAGCAGUUUAUCAUUUUUGAAAUAUGUGAUCACAUCUACUUUGAAAUUUACUAUGAAAUUUUAAUAGUCAUUUUGUUUAGACAUAGACAGAGUUUUCCAUUUACCUAUACAUACAUAUGUAUUUAUAUGUAUAUAACCAGCCAGUUUAUUUUAUUCAUUGAUUUCUGUACAGAUAAAAUAUUUUUAUAAUUCAUAUAAAGUAUUUUCUCGAUUUUAUUUUUAAUUUUUAAUAGAGAUAAGAAUCAUAAACAAUUAAUUCUUUUUUGAGGAAAUAAGAGAUCCUGACUCCAAGGUAGAAGAAUUGGUCUGAGGUUUUCAAUAAUGUAUUGAAACCACAUGCCUUAAGCCAUGUUACUGUUUAGAAAAACAUUUAGAUUUGGUCUCCAGACUGAAGGUAUUAAAGGAUAUAUUUUGCACAAUCCAAAGAUGUUGAACUCUUGAAAAUGAUCAUGAAGUUGAUACUAAAUAGAGUUCAUUAAAUUUAUUAUCUUGAACAUCACUACUUCCUCAUAAUUUGGGGAAAUACAAAAUUUGGUAAGAUUAUACAUAUCUCAGAAGAUUCUUGUAUUUGAAGAAUUAUAAGUUGCCUCAGAUAUGUUUUAUGUACAUAAAUCUGUGUAGGUCCAAAAGAGCAUACCAUAUAUGUGAUAGAGAAGAGUCAUAGGUAUAAAAAAAGAAGAAAAAAGGGACGACAUAACAUAUAAAAUAAAUAUAAAAUAGAAAUUUUGUAAGGUAUUUUGAGCAUUAUGGAUUGUAUGGAUAUAUAAUUUAAAUAAACCUCCAGUUUUGAGAACAAAAUGGCUUCCCCAUCACUGUAUUUUA